AAGCGGCCCCGGCAGUUGUUGUUCUCUGCUCUUUGGGCUCCGGUAGUGCGGCGGUUCGUCCCCCCUGGCGGGGUGAGGUGACCGCCGAGGAGCUGGAGCGGCAAGGUGGAGCAUAGACACUGGCAGCGAGAUGGACAUCCUGAAGUCGGAGAUUCUGCGGAAGCGGCAGCUGGUGGAGGACAGGAACCUGCUGGUGGAAAAUAAAAAAUAUUUCAAGCGGAGUGAACUUGCAAAAAAGGAAGAGGAAGCAUAUUUUGAAAGAUGUGGCUACAAGCCUAUAAAUGAGAAGCCAUCUGGAGAGAUACAGCCAAAAGAGGAUGACCAGAAGCCACUAACGUCAUCAAAUCCAGUGUUGGAACUUGAACUGGCAGAGGAAAAACUUCCCAUGACUCUUUCUAGGCAAGAGGUCAUCAGAAGACUGAGAGAAAGAGGAGAACCAAUUAGACUCUUUGGAGAAACCGAUUAUGACGCUUUCCAGCGUUUAAGAAAAAUAGAGAUUCUUACACCAGAAGUUAACAAGGGCUUAAGGAAUGAUCUGAAAGCAGCUUUGGAUAAGAUUGACCAGCAGUACUUGAAUGAAAUUGUGGGUGGUCAGGAACCUGGAGAGGAGGACACACAGAAUGACUUGAAAGUUCAUGAGGAAAACACCACCAUUGAAGAGCUAGAGGCACUGGGGGAAUCCUUAGGGAAAGGUGACGAUCAUAAGGACAUGGACAUCAUCACCAAGUUCCUGAAGUUUCUUCUUGGCGUUUGGGCUAAAGAAUUGAAUGCCAGAGAGGAUUAUGUGAAACGCAGCGUGCAGGGCAAACUGAACAGUGCUACGCAGAAGCAGACCGAGUCCUACCUCAGACCACUUUUCAGAAAGCUCCGGAAAAGGAAUCUUCCUGCUGAUAUUAAAGAAUCAAUAACAGAUAUUAUUAAAUUCAUGUUACAGAGAGAAUAUGUGAAGGCGAAUGAUGCAUACCUUCAGAUGGCCAUUGGAAAUGCUCCCUGGCCUAUUGGUGUCACUAUGGUUGGCAUCCAUGCCAGAACUGGUAGGGAAAAGAUUUUUUCCAAGCAUGUUGCACAUGUUUUAAAUGAUGAAACCCAGCGGAAAUACAUUCAGGGACUGAAGAGGUUAAUGACAAUUUGCCAAAAGCACUUUCCUACGGAUCCAUCAAAAUGUGUGGAGUACAAUGCACUGUGAGGUCUGUGUACGGUGUGGACAUAACAAGAAGCCUCAGCAAGCAGCAUGUGGACUUUUGGCCUUAGCACAGCAUCGAAGGAAGAGUUCCAUCACAGAGUUCCAUCGGAUGUACUUCUUGUUGGGUUUAAGAACUGUUGACUUUCAUAUGGUAUUGGAUUGCAAACAAGUUUUUGUGUGUUGUUCUCAUUUUAAUCAGUUGAAAAAUUAAGUCCUAAAGCUGUUAUCCAUAGUGUAGACAGAUGUGUAGACAACAGCAGGAAGGGGAUUUGAGGUGACCUUUCUCCCCAAGACCCAAAAUGUGUCAUUAGAUAACUAGAAACAUUUGAGGGCAGGUUUAAAUUUUCUAUAAAUUAUCAUGAUUUGCACAUUUUUCUCUUAUGUGGUAUUUAUAGAAAAUAUUUUUUGUAUUUCAACAAAAGUGUGGGACCAUUAAAUGUUCCUUUACAGUUCUUAAAAGUUUUUUGGAAUUUUGCCAUCUUGCAGUAGGAUGUAAAUGUUACUGUUAAGUGUUAUUUUUCUUGUGUUUCAGACUUGGUUUGGUUCUAAGUGGAGUACGUCUUAGUAUUUGUCGUAUUUCUGGACAGAUAGAAUUGAUAGGUAGAAGGUUGGAAAGCGCAAGUUCACAUUAGUGCAUCCAGGUUAGGGUGAGGAAAUGGGCAUUGGAGCCAGUUGAGAGUGCCAGCCUCAUGGGGAUGCUGAAGAGGGCGGAGAUCCUGGCUUCACUGUGCCACACUCAGUCCUCACUCUGGUCUCAAAGUGUUGCUCUUUGAUCAUCGGGACCACUCACUGCUGCAGUGCUGAGAGGAUCGGGUUGUUCCAUGACAAGCUGAAUGGUUGUGUCAGAGAAGCAAGAGUGGGUGGCCCUCAGGACUGGCAGCUCCUCGGCUCCGUGCACUAACAGGACAGCGGUGGACAAGUGGUUUCAUCUUGCAGGGCUUUGGCUUCCUUAGCUGACGUUGAUGAUAAGAGUACACACCUUGUGUUGUUAUUGUGUAAGUAAAAUGCUGAGCCCGCUGCCUGGUAGAGGACAAGAGAUCAUUAUUAUUGCUUGGCAUGUAUUCUUAUUAUCUGUAGACCAAGGGCCUUUAUGGGCCCUGCCCUGUGGCUGCAGUGGGAUAGUAUGUACUUGUGCAAUAACAACAAUAAAAAUGACUGUAUUAUCAGCAGUAGUAGUAAACGAUGGAAUCAUUAAGUUUUUCCUGUCUUUACUUGCAUCCAGGUCCAAAUCCAGAAGUGCAGAGAAUGGGAGCCUGAGGUUGCUAGAGGUAGCUUGGUGUCACAGUUGCUUAUUCUGGUCCCUCUUGAGAAGAAGGAGUGAAGGCCACUUUUGGCAGCUUGGGAUCCAAGGCUGUGCAGAGAUAGGACAGUCUCCACCAGUUAUUGCAGGGAGGCGUUCCUCUCACUGUCAAGUCUUUUCCUGUCAUUAAAUUAGGUAGAGCUUUGGGGGAUUUAUUUGACAAGUGAGAAACUUUCAUGAGAUGUGCAGCCAACCCCUACCUGUGACAUGUGGUUUUGUUAUAAAGGUCUUCUUUAUAAAUAUUACUGGAUAAUGCCCAGAUCACUUAUUCUUCAGCCACUGUCAGGUCACAGCAUGGUAAGUGAUUUUAUGUUGUCUUCCUUUCUGUUGUUAAUAUUCCACAUGAAGAAGAAACUAUAUCAUGUGACUUCAGUAGUUCCUAAAAUUGGCCAGUGUGGGCUGGGUUUUUUUUUUUUUGGUGUGUGUGUGUGUGUGUGUGUGUGUGUGUGUGUGUGUGUGUGUGUGUGUUUGUGUGUGUGUAAGGGGUUUUAUCUGUGACUUUAGCCAUUCUGAGUUUGAAUGGAGGGAAGCUUGUUCAAAUAUGUGGCGCUCUCAGGACAGUUUUGAUGUCUGAAAUUAAAGAAGUGAUGUAGGAACUCCUGGGAUAUGUAGAAAAAUGAUCUUUCAUUCAAGUCAUGGAAAUUUUACUUCUGCAUAUACUGUAUAUUUUUGUUUCAAUUUUUUAAAACAAUAAAUAUAUACUUUUCCUUUUAAACAGUCACAGUUCUAAUUAGCUAUAUCCCUUCCUGCCUUUCUAUCCUUCCAUUCACAAGAACUGGGAUUUUCUAUAUUCAGACUUAAUAAAAACCUUUUUUUUCUUCAGAAGUAAAUGCAGGUGCUCCUUGAUUGGAUGCAGGAUUAGUCCUGAUCAUAUAGGUGAACACACAGUACAUUGAAAAUGCAUUUAAUACCCCUACUUAAUUAGCUUGACCUAAACUGUCUUAAAUGUGUUCGGAACACUUACAUUAGCCUGUGGCUAGGUAAAGCCAUCCAUCACAGAGCCUGUUUUUAUACUAAAGCAUUGAAGUUGAUGUACUAUUUUGAAUGUUGUAUGCUGCUAUAGAUUAGUGUCAGUCUUUUCUCUGAAGAUCAAGUUUGAGGGAACAUUGUGGAGGGACCACUUCCCAGCAUCAGGAGAGGAUUCCACUGUGUGUGGCUAGCCGAGGAAGAGACCCCCAAGUUAGUGGUCCCGAGUCCAGUUUCUGCUGAGUGCUUUCUGCUCUCACACGGUGUGAGGUGAGAACUUGUAACUGGAGAGCAUCUCAUUUCCUAGGAGGGUCACUGUCCACUGACAGGACUUUUCAUCACUGUCAGAGCCUAGGGAGGCUUUCAGUGUUUGCGGGCUGGGGACUAAGGAGAUAAAGCAGCGGCCUUGUCUAGAUAUUGAGAGAGGAAGGGUAAGGUCCUGGGAGAGCAGAACAAGGCCGGCAGUGGUCACUAACAGAACUGGGGGAUCUGUUGUGGGCCUGCAAGGACUGGGAAGUCGGGCGGUAGUGGUAGGACUUGUAUGUAGUUUGAAGCCCUUCCUUCUGGUACGAUUUAACCUAGUUCAGUACUUUAACCACUCUGGAGUGUGACCCCAGUAAAUCAUUUCGGAAUGCAAACCUUUGUUAGUGCUGUUGAAAAGGAAUUCUGGAAAUAAACAGCUUGGGAAAGAUGAGACAUGUUUCCUCGGUCUUUGUGGGCUUUGGAUGUGGGCAUUCCUGUCUACUUCGUCUCGAGGCCCACGGUGAAAGGCUUCUCACCACAGCAGGGAGGCCUGAAUGAAAGAGAAUCUUGAGUUGAGCUUUAAGUUUCUUUUGUCUGGGCAUCUUGAGCAGAUAACUUAAUGGAUUGUACCUCCUCUCUGCUGCAGUCUUCUCCCACGAAGCCCCUGAAAGCAUAACUUUAUCCUCUAGAAAUUUAUGGUAUGGCAUCAUUUUGAGAAUCUUGAGCUGGAAAGCACUUUCUCACGGUGUGUUGAUGGAAGCGUUUCCAGCUGUCCAGAGAGCCGAGGCCAGCACAAGUCUCCAGAGGGUCACUUUGGGAAACUGCUAUGGUAACUGGUUUUCAUCGCAGACUCUGCAGUUGCACUGACUAAAUUUUAACCACUGGAACUUUAAUGGUAACAAUAGCCUAAAGUCUUUUGAAAUUUUAAAAGCAAGUUCUGGCAGUGUGGGAUAACGAGGGAGUUCUAUGUGGCUGGCUAGCAGCGACAGCUGUGUGUGAGCUAACCACAGCCAAGAUUUUGGAGUUGUGCUCAUUACAAAAAAAAAGGUUUAUACAUUGGCCAAAAUAGUUUACUGUUAAACUAUUGACUAUUUGUGUAUUUUCCACACUUUAAACUGGGAUAUUUUACACAGCAUGCUUGAACUAAUCCUUGCCCUGCCGAUGGUGGCUGUAUUUUAACUAGGCCACUUCUCUUUGUGUGGUUUCUUCCUUGUCCCUAAGCCCUGCUCUGAAAUAACUGUCAGCCGCCUUUGUCCCCCCUCAGUGGCCAAGCUUAGUGCAUACCUUCACGCAAAAGAGAGCGGCACCUCCGGAGUUUGCGUUUUCUUUUGGGGUGGGGGGUGUUAUUUAGUGAUCUCAGCCUCAUUCACCAAGCUUCCUGCAUGGCAGCUAAGUCAUUCCCACAGGCUUGCAGCUGCAGUUUUACAACCUGCCAGAACCAAAUUGCCUUUGCACCUCAGAGCUCUUCUUUGAAGGCUUGGAAAACGUUAUGACCUACAGCUAUUACAGCUUGGGCUUGGCUGAGACUUCCUGUCCUGUGAAGGAGUUCAAGUUGUAGCUUGGAGUGUUUCUGACACUUUCAGACCCAGCAUCACACAGACACCCUUACAGAGGACUGGAACAAGCUCUGCCUGGCCAUGUCUGAGGCAAUAUGUAUUCCUGUUCUGGAUUUUGUUGGUUGGUUUUUGGUGUUUUGUUGAUGGUGGUGGUGGUUGGGUGUGUGUGGUAAUUGGUGGUGUGUGUGUGUGUGUGCACAUGUGAAGAUCUCAGAAGACAGCUUCAGUCAGUCCUUAUCUCCCACCUUAUUUGAGACAGUGGGAUCUCUUGUUUUGCCCGUGCGUGCUCUGGGGUAGCAGGCACAGCAGGUUCCGGGAGUUCUUCUCCCUCUCCAUCCUCUUGUAGGAGUGCUGUAAUUGCUGGCAUUACUGUGUGUCCAGCUUAUGUGUGGAUUUUAGGAAGUCAGACUCAGGUCCUCAGGAUUGUGUGUGCAUCAAGUGCUUUUACUGACUGACCCAUCUCUCCAGCCCUGGUGAUUCUGGAGUAACAUGCUGAUUGUGGCCCUCUUAGUUGGCAGCUUAUUAAUACAUUGUGAAAACUACUAAUAAAAGGAAUCAUCAGCUGAUGUAAGGAAGGAAACCGCUUGUUGGGUGAACUUAGAACAAAAGGAGUUUGCUCCUCUUUAAUAUACAAGCAACACUUGGCUCUUAGGGUUGAUAUGAAAUUUAGCAGAUUGUAAAGUGUUGAGUACUUUGAUAAGUCUCAGGUAAGUUAGAUUUGCUUGGUUUUGUAUUUGUGUGUUUUCCUAAUUCGGAGAUCAUAUUCUUUGCUUGAUUUCCUAUGUUUGACUUGUUCAGUGAAAGUUUAGGUUUCUAGUAUUUACUGUUUUAUAUAGUUGUGAUUUAUGGGAGUUGUUCCAUUUUGCAUGAACUCUGUGUAUGCAUUUCCUGGUGAAUAUAAAUUUCUAUAGAGACUAUACCAAGGUCAAUGUAGGGCAUUUAUACUAGUGUAUGCUCCUGCUUUUGGGAUUUGAGAGUUUAGUUUCUCUACAUCUGUUCACAUUUGAAAUGUCUUCUGUAACUUUCAUUUUAGCAUAGUGUUACACGGUGGAUUUAACUUGCCUUUGCCCAGUGAGUAACUCAGUUGAGUACCUCUUUCCUGCAUUUAAAGGCCCUUUAUACAAUCCCUUUUAUGAAGACCCUUACCAAGACUGACUGACUUCAUGUCAUGUCUAAGACAUUCUCUUAGGCACAGGUAUGGUGAGGCUGACUGUUGUGCUAAAUAAUUGUUAAUGGGAGAGACCUAAUCUUGUGACCAGCUUGGAUAUUGAUACAAUCUUUUCAGCUAUCUUUGUGUGAUAAAAAUCAAGUCAUAUGUCAUUCUUUUAAAAGCAUUUAUAAAAGAUUGAUUUUUAUGUUAAUAUUUUGCUAACAUGUAUGUAAGCAUACUCUAUUUGGACAGUGCCUCUGGAAGUCAUAUUUCCAUAGAAGUGGAGUGACAGGUGGUGUGAGCUGCCAUGAGUGCUAGGAACUGAAUCUGGGUCCUGUGUAAGAGUAAGUAGCCAGUGCUCUUAGCCACUGGGCCGUCCCCAGCCCAGUAUGUCAGCUUGAAUGUCACUUUUUUCUCUAGUUUAAUGGUGGCAUUCCUGAGAGCAUAGGAUUUGAGGGAAGAGGGAAUUGUGUGUGAAUGUUUGUAUUUUCUGUAAAAUCAUGGUGUUUUAUUAUUUGAUUAUUUCUGUGUGUUUGCGUGUAAGCUCUCCUGUGUGGGAGCAUGCACACCUUCGCACUUUUGUGGAGGCAGAAGAGGGCAUUCUAUCCCUUUGAGCCGAAUCUCUGAUUCUAGGGCUCACAGGUGUAUUUACUAGAAUGCUUUGAGAUUGCUGUAUCCUGACGCCCUCUUACCUGUCUUAUGGAGCGGUGGCCUCAUCUUUUUCUCACACCAGUUGAAUUUGGAAGCAGUCUUAAGAACGCUAUCUGCAAGCUUCCUGGCAUUUCUUCUCACUAGACUUGGAGGAAAUGAAUGGUAUUGCCUUUUUUGUAUAGGCUGAAUCUUGUGUCCCUGCCUUCCUGUCACUCUGGUAAAUGAUUAGUUUUUAUUUUCUUCCCCUUUCCCACAAUGAAAUAGAAAUCUCCCAGGAUGAGCAUCCCUAUCUGUUUUGUCUACUGCAGAUGUGGGAAGAAAAAGAGCAGUCAGGGAUGAUUGCAAGGUCUUUGGCCUGAGCCCUAGGAGGAUGGAACUGCCUUUAAAUCGAGGAGGAAGGCCAUUGGAGCAUGUUUAGAGGGGAAGGUCAAGAGUUCACUUCUGUACAUUGAUCAUGUUAAACAUCUAGCUGCUGAGGAGGCACUAGCAAGUACAGAUUGAGGGAAGAGGUCCAGGAUGGGUGGAAAAUACUGAUGCCAUUGGCUUAAAGGUGGCAUAGCAACCUGAGGUCAGAUGUGAGUGUUAACGGUUUGAAUCUGAAGUGUUCCCAGCAGGCUUAUGUGUUUGAACGCCUGGUCCCUUGAUGGUUGUACUCUGUUGGGAGAUCAUGGAGCUUUUGGGAUGUGGGGCCUUGGUGGUGUAAGUUCACUCGGGGUGGUCUUUGGGGUUUAUGUCUGCCUCUUGUUCCAGUAUUGCUUUUUGUUCUGGUCAGCCAAGAAGCAAGAUGCCUAUCCUUUCGAGGACCUGCCACCACACCUUCCCUGCUAGGAUGGACUGAAGUCUCUAAAACUGAGUCAAAUAAAGCCUUCUUCCCUCA